AUGACCCAAACUACUCUUCUUCAAUAUGAAGCACCUUGGCCUAUCUAUGCGUUGGACUGGUGCAAAUCUACUUCUCCAAAGGAACAGAUGCGACCCAGAUCGUCCUUCCGUCUUGGUAUCGGUUCCUUCUUGGAAAACUUUUCGAAUCGCAUCGCCAUAGUCGGCUUACAAGACGAGCAUAUCUUGGUUGAAGAUGACUAUACCGACUAUCCUGACUUCGUGACUCUUUGCGAUGCUCACCAUGGUUAUCCAGUAACCAGUCUACAAUGGCAACCUGUAAGUGCAAUAUCCUAUCAAUGGUCGCAGAAAUCUCCAUCUACGGAGCUUUUGGCUACAACUGGAGACGCGCUGAGGUUGUGGGAAUAUUCGGGCGACGCGCAGCCCGCGAUGUCGAAUUUCGUUGGGAGGACUGCAAGUUCAAGUGGUCACAGUCUAAGUCUGAAGACUGCACUAUCUGGGCAAUCGAAAGUACAGAACAAUUCUAAUGGCGCGCCGUUGACGAACUUUUCGUGGAACGAAAAGGCACCUAGCUUGAUUGUCACUUCUUCUAUAGACACUACGUGUACUGUCUGGAAUAUCGACACAUCUGCUGCGGUUACCCAGCUUAUUGCUCACGAUCGCGAAGUCUACGACGUCGCUUGGCUCCCAGGAUCCACAGACAUUUUUGUAUCUGUCGGUGCUGACGGGAGUCUACGCGCCUUCGAUCUUCGAAGUUUAGAACAUUCAACAAUCUUGUACGAGACACCUGCACCUAAAAACGUGCCGCCUCCAUCUGUUUCACCAUCUACAUCUGCUCGUCCGCCUACUUCACCUCUUCUUCGCAUUGCCUUCAACCCAUCAGAUAGUAAUUACAUGUCAACCUUCCAUAUGGAUGGAUCCGAAAUCCAGAUUUUAGACAUGCGAAGCCCUGGUCAACCUGUGCUUGAGCUAAAAGGGCAUCAUAGCCAAAUCAACGCAGUAGGUUGGGGGUCUGGCGACCAACCGUUGUUGGCAACUGCUGGCGAUGAUUGCCAGCUCUUGCUGUGGGACCUUGCCAAUUAUACCGCAGCCUCUGCCAGCAUGAACGCUAAUUCUCCUAGGAGCGCAAGCUCCCGCUUAAACUCCCCAAGACCAGACGUGAAGAAAAAGCUUGUGACUGAGCCAGCAUUCGCAUAUACAGCACCGAGCCAGAUAACAAAUUUAGCUUGGUCCCCGACCAUUCAAGGUCUAAACAUGAGCACGGGCCAGUCGACCGCAGGUGAAUGGGUAGCGAUUGCUUGUGGCAAGACCGUAAGGGCGCUGAAAGUGUGA